AUGGCCAAAAUGAAUCCAAAUGAAAUAAAUGGAGAGCCCACAAUUCAUAAUUCAAAUACCCCCAAAGAGGCACAGGUACUUCCUAAAAAGGAAAAUGUCAUUGGUGAGAUAAGUGCCCCUGAAGUGGUAGCGGUUACAAGUGGGUAUUUACAAGAAAGCGCAUUGAGAAAAAUGAGAUUGCAAGGUAUAAAGAGCGACUCGUUGCGCAAGUUUUAUAUCUCCCCGGCCGAUGAGCGAUCCCCUCGUGCCCUUCAGCUCACCACGGAAGCCAUCAAAUUGAACUCAGGAAACUACACUGUUUGGCAUUUCAGGCGUUUAAUACUGAAGACGCUUAAUGCUGAUUUACAGAAUGAACUUGAUUUCACUGAAGAUAUUGCAAAGGCUAACUCAAAAAAUUAUCAGUUAUGGCAUCAUAGGCGGUGGGUUGCUGAGAUAUUGGGAACUAAUGCUACAAGCCAGGAACUUGAGUUCACCAAGAAGAUACUUUCCCAUGAUGCUAAACAUUAUCAUGCUUGGUCUCAUAGGCAGUGGGUUCUUCAGGAGCUCGGAGGGUGGGAGGAUGAACUUGACUAUUGUCAUGAGCUCCUUGAAGAAGACAUCUUUAACAAUUCUGCUUGGAAUCAGAGAAAUUUUGUCAUUACAAGAUCUCCAUUCCUGGGAGGCCUAAAAGCUAUAAGAGAGUCUGAAGUGUCUUAUACUCUGAAGGCCAUUGUAGCCCACCCUGAGAAUGAAAGUUCAUGGAGAUACCUUCGGGGGCUUUACAAAAAUGACAAUCAGUCUUGGAUGAAGAAUACUGAAAUAUCUUCAGUAUGCUUGAAGAUUUUAAUUGCCAAAACCGACUGUAUCUUUGCUUUAAGCACACUUUUGGAUCUCAUAUGCCAUGGUUUCCAAGCAAGCCAAGAGUUCAGAGAUGCCGUGGAUGCUCUAAGAAAUUCAGACUUGGAACAAGCAGAAUCUGACUUGGCCAAAACUAUUUGCUCUCUUUUGGAAACGGUCGAUCCAAUAAGAGUUAACUAUUGGAAGUGGCGUAAGAGCAUGCUUUGCCAAGAUGCUAAUUAAUAGAAUUGUGACUGAAUAACUUGACUUUUGCGGCACAUCCAUCCGUUAAUUAAAUAUUCUAGUCGAAGUUGAGUGCAAUCUCAUGUGUUUUCGUGGAUAUAUAUGUUGUAAUAGUAGAAAAACCUUGUGUUGCAAUCUGAUCUUCUUUUGACACCAAAAUCUAAUUUUAAAUUGUGGAAUGAUUGUGAUAAUGUACAUGAUGCAUAUUUAUCCCAAUGGGAGCUUAUUUGUAUC